GUUUUGAUGUUGAACACUUAUUGUCGAUAGAAACACAUCCUAUUUCCAGCAAGUCGAUGGGAUAUACGGUUUUUGGAUAUUUUUGUGAUUUGACAUAUUCGACGAGAAUGACACUUGAGUCACCUCCGCGUCUUUUGUUUUGUCCGUUCUGACUGGCUUUUUGAUAGGCAUCAAUGCCCAGCAUAUCAAGUUCGGAUUGGACUUUUUGGAUUUCCUUUGGAUUUGCUUUUCGUUGUUUUAACUGUUCUUUCCGUUUAAGCAGAACAUGAUAAUGCCGGAUAAGUUUGUUCCCCUUCAACUUUUUCAGAGCACCAGGUUUUUCUUGACGUUCUGUCCGGAGUCUAACAGGUACAGGCCUCAUGAGGAAAAAAUAGAAUUGUGUUACCGUUAAUGUAGAAGAGUGACUCAAGUAGGAAGGUAAUUUGUUAAUGAAAACGAAAUGUGUGUUAGUUCUCUGAAAAUACCAAAAAAAUAAAAAAAUAAAAAAAUAAUAAUAAAAAAUCAAUAGAAUAAAUUGAUGAUACUGAAAAAAGUCGAGUUUUCCCUACUCGCGUUUGCUGUCCUUGAUUUUUAUUUUUUUAUUAAUUUUUUUUUUGUCAAUCGGCACUUUUUAGUUCCUUGUCUUUUGAAAUAAAAAACAAAUAAACAAACCAAAAAAACUUUUGAAUUUGCGAUCCUAGGGCAAAAAAGAAAGCUGACUUCGUUACUUGCUUCAAAGUUUUUCAGCUCAUUUAUAAAAGAUGUAUCAAGUGCCGUAUUGUGUCGCUCUUCCGUCGUAGUUUCUUCUUCCAGAACAUCAUUAUCCAUUAACAAAAAACGUAUACUGAAAUUCUUGAGGCCGUCAACUCACGAGAGGACACAAAAAGCUGUAUUUCUGUUGUAAACAUAAACGUCUAUUCGGAGGCUGACGAACGAGGCAAUUGCCCGAAUUCACGUUUUUUUAUAAUUGUUACCUAUUUGUACCGAGACAUUCCCGGAAACACAGACGAAUAACUAUUUCUUAUUUAAACCUACAUCUUCCUUGCAUCUAGCAUCUAAAAUGAAUGAGAGUGGGCCUGAUUCGCAAAAAGUCAUUACUUCUCGGGUUGUUGAAUUUGUUGAGGCCCAAAGACGCAAUAAACACAAACCAUUCUUCCUGGGAAUUACAGGACCACAGGGAUCCGGAAAGAGUACACUUACGCGGAACCUGAAACGGGCUCUCGAAACAGAACUUCAUCUGUGUGUAGUCGGAAUGUCCAUUGAUGAUUUCUACCUAACUCAUGAACGGCAAGAAGCCCUUGCUGCAAAACAUCGCGAUAAUCCCCUCAUCCAGCAUCGUGGUCUUCCAGGAACACAUGAUAUUGCAUUGAUGCACAGUAUUCUUUCUCAAUUAAGCAACCGAACAACAGCUCAAAUCGGCAUCCCCACUUAUGAUAAAUCGCGGUUCGGUGGCUAUGGAGACCGGUACGAAGAAGACAAAUGGCAGUACGUGUACCCAGACAAGGUCGACGUCGUCCUGUUUGAAGGCUGGAUGGUUGGGUUUGAGCAAGUAGCUCCUUGGCUUUUGUCAGCCCGCAUUCAAACAACACGCUGGCGCCAUCUAGAAAGAAGCAUCGAGUGGUUGAACGAGCAACUCGGUCUCUACGUCCCCAUUUUCAAAUGCGUGGAUGCCAUUGUACAACUAAAGGCCCAGGACAUUAACUACGUCUACUCUUGGCGGCUACAACAAGAACAUGAACUCAUACAAAAGACACACCAUGGAAUGACAGAUGAGCAGGUGAAACAGUUUAUCGACAACUAUAUGCCUAUGUACGAUAUGUACCUUGACCAACUUAGCGAUCAGGUGCACACUGCCACCAACGGACUCGAAAUCAUUCUUGACGAAAACAGACACCCAGUGGCUAUUCUAUAAAGAAAAGAAAUAAAAAUAAACUAGGGAAACGUAUAUCUCUUGAAUGAAUGAAUUGUCAAACAUGGAGCGACAAAUAAGGUUUCUAAGCGAGC